UUGGCCUGCCAUGGCCAGAGGUCGUGUAUUGGUUGCUAUGGGUUACAGCAUUCAGGGACGAGCAGGCCGCACGUAGGGAACAUAGCCACCAAUAGGAGUGACGGAGAGGGCAGUGUUGUCAGCACACAAUAGGGGAAGAUCCGGAUCACGCUUCCCUCUCCCGCCAGCGGCAAAACCGACACAACAACACAGCUCGCCACCUCCACCUCUUCCCGCCUACCGGACGUCCUCCAGCUGCUCGCUACCGGAAGUUCCCGGCGGGACUGUCUGAACGCGAGGCGAUCACCGGGGAGCCGUCCAGCUGAACGCGGAUCACCGGAGAUCACAUGGUGCCAUGCCGCUGCUACACCGGAAACCGUUCACUCGCACUCCGCCGCCCGCAGACCUGGAGCCUACCGAGCGCCUCUUCUACUGCCGGGUGACUAACGAGGUGUUCAGGGACUACGAUGAGUUUUUUGAGCGCACUAUUCUGUGCAACAGCCUUGUAUGGAGCUGCUCCUUCACGGGAAAGUCUGGACUCACCUAUCAAGAAGCGCUGGAGUCUGAGAAGAAAGUAAAGAAGAGUUUGCAUAAUUUCCCCGAGCCCAUAGCGGUUCCAGCACUAUAUCUGGCUACACUUGCCAGUCAUCAGAAACUAACAGACCUGUGCGAUGAUAUAUAUGAAUAUGUGAAGGAUCGCUUCUUUGUUAGUGAAACUGUUAUGGUUGUGAGAAACAGUGGAGCAAGGUUGGAGUGCACAAUUUUGGAGAUCAAAGCUCCUCCACAACAGAAUGGGAUGACAAACGGUCAUGACGUCAACAAUGACACCAUUGUCAUCAGUGAUAGCGAUGAUGAGGAGCCUACUGUACCAGACAGCUGGAAGAAAAUUGAGCCUAUCGAUCCUACCUUAUUCAAGUACAAAGUGAAGCCUGUUGUAGAAGCAAUGUAUGAAUCUGUGACUGUCAGACAAUGCCAAGUCAGUCGAAAGUCUUCCCUGUUUUCUAAAGACAGACUGAAAUAUUUUUUGAAGUUGCACUGUGAAAUACAGAAUGGAAUUGUAAAGCCUAAGUCGAGCUCAAUUUCAAAGUACCAGAUCUUGGAAAAGAAUUACUUCCGUUACUUUCCUGAUGAGCCUCCUAGGUUUGAGCCUUCAGCAGAUCGAAAACCUGUUAAAAAGGUAAAUUACAUGGCAUAUCUAGACGAAGGGGGAGACAAUGGGCUCACACCCAGACAAAGCCUGCUCGCUGCAGCAAAGGAGCGGGAGAGAAUCAUGCAGCACAGGAGGGAGCUCAGAGCUAUGGAGCUGGAAAAAGAGAAAAUAAGACGGGAACGUGCUGAUCGUAUAAAGUCCAGAGCUAAAGAAAGACAAGAACAAAUACAGCAGAAGGAAGAAAUCAAGAAGAUCGCUGAAGUUGAAAAAAUAAAGAAAAGAGAAGCGCGAGAAAGUAUUAAGUUAGAAAGAGACAAGGAACGGGAAAAAAUCCGUGAAGAAAAACGAAAAUACGCAGAACGAUUAAAAAUGUGGAGUAAACGGCGGGAGGAUAUGGAGUGCGAUGACCUUAAGGAGCUUCCUGCAGCCACUGCUGUAAAAACCAGACUUCCCCCUGAGUGCUUUGGGGAUGCUCUUAUGGUUUCAGAGUUCCUUCACGCUUUCGGAGAACUCUUUGAACUUAAGGAUGAGUUUCCAGAUGGAAUGUCCUUUGAGAUGCUUGAAGAGGCUUUGGUUGGCAGCGAUCCUGAAGGCCCACUAUGUGAACUGCUGUUCUUUUUUCUGAGUGCCAUUUUCCAGGCCAUGUGUGAAGAAGAGGAAGAAGUGGCAAAAGACCAGAUAACAGAGACGGAAGCCAAAAGAUUAACAGAAGCUUUGGGCGAGGGUACAGACUCUGCAAAUUAUGCCUGUUUUGCCGUAGCCUCUUUGGCUGCAGCUUGGCCACAGUUAAAUCAUGGCUGCAGUCUAAAGAAGCUGGAUCUGGAUAGCUGUACGCUUUCAGAGAUUCUUCGUCUGCAUAUUUUGUCUUCGGGAGCUGACUCAAACUCAGCCAGUGCCAAAUAUCGAUAUCAAAAACAGGGAGGCUUUGUAGCUACUGAUGAUGCUUGUAUGGAGCUUCGCCUCAAUCACCCUGCAAUCCUGAAGAAACUGACCACCACUUCUGUGUAUUCCUUGUCACCUGAUGAGAAGCUAAAGAUUCUCCAUGCCCUGUGUGGCAAGCUGCUCACACUAGUGUCCACGAGAGAUUACAUUGAGGAUUGUGUGGAAGAGCUGAGGCAGGCAAAGCAAGAAUUCAGAGAGCUGAAAGCUGGACAAAACCGCAAAGAGCGUGAAGAGGCUGCUGCCAGAAUCCGUAAGCGUAAGGAGGAAAAACUGAAGGAGCAAGAACUGAAGAUGAAGGAUAAAGAAGAUAAACUAAAAGAAGAUGAAAAUAAGGACGUGCAUAAAGCAGCAGGAAAUGAAGAGCAAGAGGAAUUGCAGGAUGGGACAGUGAGUAAGAAUACUGAGCAGAAGGAGCAGGAUGAAGGCAAUGAAGAUGAAGAGGUGCCACCUGCUGGCAAGAAAAGGAAAGGCAUGAGAGGGCAGAACAGAGAUUCUCUGGGUAAUAAGGAAGCAGAACCUGUGGAUGGGGAAGAACCAAGACAGAAAAUAGAGAAACGAGAGCUGGAGUUAAUGGAGAAGAUUCAGCAAGUCACAGCCUGCACAAACAUAACCCCUUUAGGCCGAGACCGCGGGUACAGACGGUUUUGGACUUUUUUCUCUGUUCCAGGACUAUUUGUGGAAGAGGACUAUACUGGGAUUACAGAGGACAUGUUGCAGCCUCGUCCUGCCUCACAUCGAGAAUCGGAAAUUAAUUCUGCAGUCAAUGGCCAUGAUGGUUCUGUGCAGGAGGUACAAGAGGAAUCGGAGGCGUCUAAACCAGUGAACAAACCAAAUCGCUGGUGUUAUUACAGCUCAAAUGAACAGCUGGAGCAGCUGAUUGAGCAUUUGAACACACGGGGACACAGAGAGGGCACCCUAAAGGACACAUUGGUACAGGAAAAAUCAAGAAUAUGCCAGAAGCUGAGUAACUUUCCAGCUGAGCUCUUCAACAUUUCAGACAAUGUCUCACCGACCAAAGAUUAUAGAAAACCUGGACGAGGAAGAUCAUUAACUACACCGGAUUCCACACAAACCUCAGGAGAGAAGCAGCUAGAACUGCGGCUGUGUGAGCUUUUGCUAGACAUUGAAGAGCGCAUCUACCAGGGCAGUCUUUUCACUGUAAAGGUGCCAGACAGGCAGUUGUGGAGAGCAGCGCUGGAAAAAUGUUCUUAUGAAUUCUUGGAUAAUGAACCAAAGGACAAAUCCCUGAAAGUAGAAGAGAAUGAGGUGGAGGAGAUGGAAGUUGAUGGCAAGCAAAGCAUUGAAGAUGGGUUACAAGGUAUGAAAAAUGAGGAUCCAAGUGUCCCAUCUACAAAUGCCAGCACCCCUCAGCCAGCGGCUAAUUCUGUACAGUAUCUGGCCCGAGCCUUACUGUUGAUAGAGCAAGGCGUGGAACGUAAAUACUUAAAGGCUCCACUUGGAGAUGCAGAAGAUACUAAAAAAGAUUCAAAGUCAGACAAGAAAAAGAAGGAAGAGAGGAAAAAGAAAGAUGAUGAUCAAGAGAAAGAUGAUGCUAGUGAAAGUGGUCGCAUUCAGAGGACGGUACUGGAUCGGUGGCGGGAAUCAUUACAGUCAUCUAGUAGCUUGUCACAGAUCUUCCUUCAUUUGUCCACCUUGGACCGCAGUAUCUUGUGGUCACGCUCCAUUCAGAACUUCAGAUGUAAGGUGUGCCGAAAGAAGGGAGAUAGCGAGAGUAUGCUCUUGUGUGAUGGCUGUGAGAGAGGGCACCAUAUCUACUGUGUACGACCCAAACUGAAGUGUAUUCCCGACGGCGACUGGUUCUGUCCUGAGUGUCGGCCUAGACAACGAUCCCGCAGACCUGAUCGACAAAGGCCUUCCAUGGAUAGUGAUGAGGAGGAGGAGAGUUUCCCAGAAGAAAAAGAAUUGCAGGGAGAUUCCGAGAACGAUGUGGAAGAGGAAGCAACCAUGUCUGAGGAAGAGAGUACAAAAAAGAAAAGCAAAGCCAAAGUACGAUUACCUUUAAAGAUAAAAGGAGGCAAAUCUGCUGGAAAGCCUGGACCUAAGAAAAAGUAUGGGAAGUCACCGAAAAGUCAGCAAGGUACUCCAAAAACUACUCCACCUGCUGGAAGGGGCAGAGGAAAGAAAGCCCAUUCUGCCCCUCCACAGGAGAAGAAAGUAGGAGCUCGUCAUUCCAUGCACACUUCACAGCUCCAUUCUGAGGGCCACGAGACAUCUCUGCUGGAGUUGGUAUCAGCACCAGGCCGUGGCCGGGGUAGAGGGAGAGGAAAGAAGAUUAAAUCUGUUGAUAACACCCCAGUAGGCACCCCUUUUGCUUUCCGUCCAUUUAGUUUGGAAAACGCUGAGCAGGCACUCAAAGGGAGAAAUGAACAGUCUGAGAACUUUACACCUACUCGGAAAGGCAGAGGAAGGGGCAAGAAACGGUUAUCAGAAAUCUCUUCAGGUGAUCAAGGAAACAGGAGGAGCUCUGGUCGACAUCAAGGUGUACAUGAGUUAUCCGCUUGUGAACAGUUGGUGGUAGAUUUGGUGAGAAACGAUGACAGCUGGCCUUUCAUGAGACUGGUUUCCAAAUACCAGGUUCCAGAUUAUUUCGACAUUAUCAGGAAGCCCAUUGCCUUAAAUAUAAUCCGCGAGAAAGUGAACAAAUGUGAAUACAAUUCAGCAACUGAAUUUAUAGAAGAUGUUCAGUUGAUGUUCUCAAACUGUUUCGAAUAUAACCAAUUCAACAGCAAUGAGGCCAAAGCAGGGCUCCGUUUGCAAUCCUUCUUUGUCAAUGAGGCUCAGAAACUGGGCCUGGAGGUCUCUUGUAGCAAGCCGAUUAUUCCACCAGGACCCACCAAAAAGUCGCGCAUCUGAUGUCCUAUCAGCUUCCAUUUUUCGAUACUUUGUGGGGUCAUGGUUUGCUUUAUUGAGUUCCAGUUUAAAAAAAAAAAAAAAAUUCCUGCUGAACUGAAUCACCAACCAUUGCUCAGCCACGUCAAGCAAUAAGUCCAGCUGUCUUCGUAAUGACCAAGCACUGAUUUAUUACACCACACAGCACUCAGGGUGAUUGCAGCAAAUAACUGCUAAAUAGGGUCCAACCACGUAUGUGUAUUUUAUAUAAGUAUAUAUACUGUAUAUGUAUAUCAGAUUUACAACUCUUUAACUACUGUUAAGCUGUUUUUGUUUGUUUUUGGUUUAGUUAUUUUUGCUUGUUUAUAGCUGGGAGAAAAAUGUUUAGGCUAAAACUGGCAUUCCAGUUUUGGGUAAAUGCAAGCAGUUUGAAUCACCCACCAGAUUCUCAUCUCUUUGGCACUGAUUUCUCUACAGUCCCGUUCCCUACUCAGUUACGAGGGAGUUUCAUUCAGUCUUGUGGCUGUAUUCUCAUGUUGUUCGUUUAUUUUUUUAUUACAGAGAAUGCAGCAGGAAUGAGACUUUUGCUUGGCGUUACAGUAAGGGGUAGGGCUGGGAACUCAAGCAACUGGAGGACCAGAGAGAAAGCGGUACUAGCAAAAAAAAGUACUGCUUGUGAGUGUAUCCACCAUUAAAGUGAUCCUGAACAACACUACUUGAGUAAAUUCAUUGGGGUAUAUUUUUGUGGGAGGAAUUCAAGCGCUGAGAAUAUUUUGACUAUUCUAGAUAUUUAUUUAGUAUUCAAAGAAACUUGUGAAUUUUUUUUUUUUGUAUUUAUAAAACUUUUGUACUGAAGUUAAAGUAUUUGUUAAGUAAAAUGUUUUCCAUGUCUUAAAGAAAACAACAAAAAACUGUUUCUACCUUUUUCAUGAGACUGAAAGCUCUUACACAAUUACAUCUUUUUUUCACGUUCAGAUACCAGUGUGAAAAGAAAU